CGGCCCAGUGAGUUCAGUAAAACCUGCAAAGAGAGAGAAUAGAGAGGACGCCAACACAAACUCAACAGAAGCUUCUGGAAGGAGAAGCAGCAUCCACCCAAACUGUGACCAAAAUGGCAACCAAAGUGGGAACAGAAUCCAGGAUGAGGGUGGUAGGAGCGAUCAUCCUCUGGGUAACCGUAGUGCAAGCAGAGACAGGAGACUUGUAGAAGUAAAUAAAGACAAAGGCAAAGGAGAGAGAAAUCGCAGCAGGAGCAGUGACCGGGUUAGAGACCAAGGCAGAGAUCUGGGUCACCAGAGCAGCUCCAGCAGAGAGAGGAGGCCUGGAAGAAGCAAGGAGAGGUGGAAUAGAAGCAGGAGCCACAGCAGAGAGCGCUCCCGCAGGAGUCGCAGCAGGAGCAGAGAGCGCUCCCGCGAGAGUCGCAGUCACAGUCACAGCAGCAGAAGUAGAAGCAGAAGUAGAAGCCGGGAAAGAGCUGGCAAGAUUGAUCGAUUUGAGCGGCACAGUAGAACAAUGGAGAGGAGGAGUAGAGCAUUUAGGAGCAGGGAGAGGAGCAGGAGAGAUAGAAGGAGUCGCAGCAGGAGCAGAGACCAUUCCCCCAGGAAGAGACAUGGCAGUAGCAAGGAGAGGAGCAGGGACAGGGGCAGAGACCAGGAUAUGAAGAGCAACCAGAGGAGGAACUGUAGUUCAGAGCGUGGAGAUGAGAAGCGCAAGAGACAAAGCAGCAGCAGUGGUGGUGAGGGUUCCCCCAGGAAACGCAAGCGGCGCAGCAGUCCCAGUCUAGAGACUGUGACCACAAAGGGUCGUAAGGACCUGUCCAGUGUCAAGGCCUCUGCCACUACCACCUGCAGAUCACCCAAAUCUGAUGCAGGUGAGGAUGAGGAGGAUGAGGAUUUGGCCAGGAAGAAGAUGGAGCUGGAACAGUUGGACGCUUUGAUUGCUGAAAAGCUGGCUGAACAUGCUGCCUUGGAACUAGAGAUGACAUCAUCUGUCGUCUUUGAUGGGAAGGACACUGUAUUACCUUGCCAAACCUCUCUUUCUCCGCAACAUCAGAGAGCUACGCCCCCUCUCAGACAAGCCCCCGCUAAUGACCUCUAUGACCAGAUGGACGAGGAGUAUAAGAAACAGCUAAAGGAAGUACGUCUGGGUAGGGCCAAAGACGCACAAAGAGAUGUCUUGCGCCAUUAUGACCGCGCUGCGAGGUUCAGGAAAGAUUUAUGUGCUGGUGUGGAACCAGUGCUGUGUGUAGAAGUGCAGUUCCUGAGACAGCCUGAGGAGGGCAGCAAGGAGCGCUGUGUUCACGAUGAGCACCAUAGGGAGCGGAACAAGAGCAUAGAGCCAUAUAAUCAGAAGAGAGAAGACCAAACACCAAUCCUGGGCCAGCAUGAACAGAAGAUCUCUGAUAUGCAUGGGCAUUCAGAUGAGGGUAGGCCUUUUCCAAAAGGAGCAACUCUUGGCAAAUCUAUUGAUGUAGUGGAGACCGGACGUCUUCAGUCUCGACAUGGUCAUGGCACUGACAGAAAAGAUAAAACAGUGUGGAUUUGUGGUCAUGGCCUUGUAGCAGUGGCCAGACGGAUAAGCCUGUGGCCAGAGUGUGGCGUUCGGCUGGGUAACCUGAAAGGGCUGUGGAGUGGGACGCAGGGAAUGACCUGGAGAGACCUCGUGCCCCACCUGAAGAGACUCAGGAAGAAGUGGCCUCUCCCCGACAUACUCAUCAUCCACCUGGGGGACGACGACAUCAACAUGACGGACACCGUGGAGCUGCUGAUCACUAUCAGGGAGGAGCUAACCCGUGUACGCAGCCUGUUCCCCCAGUGCCUGAUUGUGUGGUCGGACAUCCUACCAACGUUCUUCUGGCAGCAGAGCACGACUCCUGAUGUGGAGGUUGAUGAGGCAGCAGGUAUAAUUCAUGACAUCAUCAACUGCAGAGCACAUGCUAUAGUGACUGAAUUAGGGGGAGGAGUCAUAACUCAUGACAACAUUGGCCCCGAAUACUAUUUCCCCAAUGACGUUUACCUUUCAGACGAAGGCAUUCAAAGGUUCAACCAAAACCUCCAGCAGUUUGUGGAAAACUGGGAGAAGGAGUUAAUCCCAACAUCAAAACAUAGAAAAUCACCUCACCUUAUAGAAAUCACCUCAUAUUCCCCAGAGCCCACUAACAUCAAGCUAGAACCUGUUGAUCCGUUCCACGAUUCCCUCUCUCAUUCUGUUGACGAUUUGGAUGUAACUCGAGAAGACUCAGGACACAACACCAGUAUCUCCCUCCAACAGUCCCAGAAGGAUGUGAACUCCAUAAAGAAUGCAUCUCGGACCCAAAGCCCUCCAGACACCUCCACUGCUCCUGCGGUUGCAUCCACCUCUUCUCCUGCGGUGUCAUCCAGCUCACCUCCUGCGGUGUCAUCCAGUGCACCUCCUGUGGUUUCAUCCUCGGGAACACCCAGACCAGAAGAGAGUGUUGGUCGGCCUGUGAAUCAUGCAGAUGCGGAUUUGGACAUGACUCCAGAAGACUCAGGAUACAGCAUCAUCUCCCUCCAACAGUCCCAGAAGGAUGUGAACUGCACAGAGAGCACAGCUCAGCCCCAUAGCUCUGUAUCCACCUCAACGCAAAAACACAUGAAAUCUAAGACAUAUAAAACAAUCUGGAUGUGUGGAUAUGCUAUUUCAGGUUUGGCAAAAAGGAUAGCAGCAGCGCAAAAACAGGUCAGUAAACUGGGUACUGAUGGCCCUAAUAUUGGGGUCCACCACGUGGGAGGUCCUGGAAUGACCUGCACUGAUGUUGUGGUCCAAAUGCGGAAGGCCAAAGGCAAACAGCCUCAUCCAGACCUGCUCAUCAUCCAUCUUGGCAAUAACAUCAAGACAACAAAAAAGGAACAGUUGCUGAACACAGUAAAGGGACUCUUGACUGCCAUACACAGCAUCUUUCCCCAGUGUCAGAUUGUGUGGUCUGACAUGCUGCUAUUGCGCUUCAGCAAACAAAACAUGACUCCUAGUAACAAGGCUGAUGAGGCAGCAGACAGAAUCCACCAAGUGAUGAAUCGUGCAGCACAUGCUGUAGUUAAGGACCUGGGAGGAAGAGUCAUCACCCAUGACAACAUUGGCCCUGAACUCUAUCGCCCCGGUGAUGAUGAAAUGGUCAUCUCAGACCAAGGCAUUAGAAGGUUCAACCUGAAUAUUCAGCAGUUUGUGGAUGAGUGGAAGAGGCAGGUCCACUUUGUGGCGGAGCACAAAGAAACUAUUCUGAAAUCCCCAGCGCCCACGAUCAACAGUAACCUAGAACCUACUAAUCAGUUCCAGGAGUCCCUCUCUCAUUCUGUUGACAAUUUGGAUAUAACUCGAGAAGACUCAGGACACAACACCAGUAUCUCCCUCCAACAGUCCCAGAAGGAUGUGAACUCCCCAAAGAACGCAUCUCGGCCCAAAGGCCCUCCAGACACCUCCGCUGCUCCUGCAGUUUCAUCGAGCUUAUAUCCUGCAGAGGGUGAUUCCAUUGAUGUGACUCCACUAGACAAAGCCACCAUUCCCUCACAACAGAAGUUAAACCAGAAGUUGAAGCCCAUUGGAUCAGAGGCGACGGUGAAAAAGGAAGUGGUGGAGGAUGUCUGCAGUGAUCUCUUUGAGGGAACAGUGCUUCGACUCCCAGCUAAGGACAAGGGGGGUGUCAACAAUAUGGUGUUUAAUAGGAACAAGGAGCUUCUGCUGGGGAGUUUGCAGACGUCUGUGGGUGGAGUGGAGAAGAAGCUGAGCUUCAGUGCAGACGAUGUGCUAACGAGGGCCACCAUGCUGGUUGGGAAUAAAGUUCAGUUUAAAAUAUCCACCAACCCAACGACCAAGGCAGAGAGGGCCGUUACCGUGGAGAUCCUGGCCGACACCCUCCAACGCCAUACAGGAGUUGUUGUUGGCCUUAGUAAACUCCAUGAGUUUGGAUACAUCAAGUACCCACAGGACGAUGAACUGUACUUUAAAUUCUGUGAGGUGAUGGAGGAGAAGAUUCUCUCUGUCUCAGAGAAGGUGGAGUUCACUGUUGUGCCGCAAAGCCCAUCUAAAGCUGGCAAACAUCAAGCCAUCAGGGUCAAGAGAUUGACCGAGAGUGUGUUGAUCCCUGCUGUAAAGCUAGAGGCUCUGGGGACUGGAGAUCAAGAGAAGCAGCAGGUCAGAAAGAGCAGUAAGAAUCCUGUGGAGGAGAACCAGACACAUGGGAGCAGUGCACCCAUCACAGGCCCUGGUACCAAAACAUCUAAUGUGAAAGGUCCACCCAAAGUAGUCUGGAUGUGUGGUUUUGCUCUUGGGGGUUUGCCCAAAAGGAUAAAAUCAUUACAGCAGCAGGCUGCUAAAAGAGGGAGUGUGUGCGCCAACAUCAGGGUUCACCAGUGGGGGGCUCCUCAAAUGAGCUGGAGCCAGCUGGUGAUGGAGAUGUGCAGGUUCAAACGGCAGCAGCCCCGUCCAGACAUGCUGCUCAUUCAUCUGGGAGGGGCAAACGUGGACCUGAGUAAUGCAGAAUCUAGUCUGAAUAGCAUCAGGAGGGAUUUGGCUCGAACGCAUGCUAUCUUCCCCCAGUGCCUGAUUGUGUGGUCCAACAUGCUAGUAGGAGGCUCCUGGACCAGUGCCGGAAAUGAGCAAGCUGCAGCAAAUGUCAUUGAUAGAAUCAAUCACGAAGCACAUUCUUUCAUAACUAGCCUGGGGGGGAAAGUUAUCGCUCACAAGAACAUUUGGCGUAACCUCUAUCUCUCAAAUAAAGCCAUUAAAAUGUUAAGCGAAAACAUACACAGAUUUUUGGAUGAGUGGGCGAUGGGGGUCAAUCCUAAAUCAGAGGUCUUAAACACCACCUCAACAGCUAUAGCGCCCCCUACAGACAGUGCAGGGCCUACUUCAGGCAGUUCACAUGUCGAUCAGAACGCAUCUCAGCCGCACAGCCCUGCAGCCACCUCCUCUGCUCCUGCUGUUGCAUCAAGCUCAGCUCCUGCAGCCACCUCCUCUGCUCCUGCUAUUGCAUCAAGCUCAGCUCCUGCAGCCACCUCCUCUGCUCCUGCUGUAGCAUCAAGCUCAGCUCCUGCAGCCACCUCCUCUGCUCCUGCUGCCACCUCCUCUGCUGCUGUUGCAUCAAGCUCAGCUCCUGCAGCCACCUCCUCUGCUCCUGCUGUUGCAUCAAGCUCAGCUCCUGCAGCCGGUGAUCAUGAGGAAGUGACUCCAGAAGACUCGGGAAACUCCACCGCCUCUCACCAGUGCUCCCACAAGCAGCAGGUCAGAAAGAGCAAUGAGAGUCCUGUGGAGGAGAACCAGACACAUGGGAGCAGUGCACCCAUCACAGGCCCUGGUACCAAAACAUCUGAUGUGAAAGGUCCACCCAAAGUAGUCUGGAUGUGUGGUUUUGCUCUUGGGGGUUUGCCCAAAAGGAUAAAAUCAUUACAGCAGCAGGCUGCUAAACGAGGGAGUGCGUGCGCCAACAUCAGGGUUCACCAGUGGGGGGCUCCUCAAAUGAGCUGGAGCCAGCUGGUGAUGGAGAUGUGCAGGUUCAAAAGGCAGCAGCCUCGUCCAGACAUGCUGCUCAUUCAUCUGGGAGGGGCAAACGUGGACCUGAGGCAUGCAGAAUCUAGUCUGAAUAGCAUCAGGAGGGAUUUGGCUCAAACGCAUGCUAUCUUCCCCCAGUGCCUGAUUGUGUGGUCCAACAUGCUAGUAGGAGGCUCCUGGACCAGAAAAAUAAGUGAGAAAGCCGCAGCAAAAGUCAUUGAUUUUGUCAAUCACGAAGCACAAUCUUUCAUAACUAGCCUGGGGGGGAAAGUUAUCGCUCACGAGAACAUUUGGCGUAAACGCCAUCUCUCAAAUAAAGCCAUUAAAAUGUUAAACGAAAACAUACACAGAUUUUUGGAUGAGUGGGCGAUGGGGGUCAAUCCUAAAUCAGAGGUCUUAAACACCACCUCAACAGCUAUAGCGCCCCCUACAGACAGUGCAGGGCCUACUUCAGGCAGUUCACAUGUCGAUCAGAACGCAUCUCAGCCGCACAGCCCUCCAGCCACCUCCUCUGCUCCUGCUGUUGCAUCAAGCUCAGCUCCUGCAGCCACCUCCUCUGCUCCUGCUGCCACCUCCUCUGCUGCUGUUGCAUCAAGCUCAGCUCCUGCAGCCGGUGAUCAUGAGGAAGUGACUCCAGAAGACUCGGGAAACUCCACCGCCUCUCACCAGUGCUCCCACAAGCAGCAGGUCAGAAAGAGCAAUGAGAGUCCUGUGGAGGAGAACCAGACACAUGGGAGCAGUGCACCCAUCACAGGCCCUGGUACCAAAACAUCUGAUGUGAAAGGUCCACCCAAAGUAGUCUGGAUGUGUGGUUUUGCUCUUGGGGGUUUGCCCAAAAGGAUAAAAUCAUUACAGCAGCAGGCUGCUAAACGAGGGAGUGCGUGCGCCAACAUCAGGGUUCACCAGUGGGGGACUGCUGACAUGAGCUGGAGGCAGCUGGUGAUGGAGAUGUGCAGGUUCAAACGGCAGCAGCCUCGUCCAGACAUGCUGCUCAUUCAUCUGGGAGGGGCAAACGUGGACCUGAGGCAUGCAGAAUCUAGUCUGAAUAGCAUCAGGAGGGAUUUGGCUCAAACGCAUGCUAUCUUCCCCCAGUGCCUGAUUGUGUGGUCCAACAUGCUAGUAGGAGGCUCCUGGACCAGAAACAUAAGUGAGAAAGCCGCAGCAAAAGUCAUUGAUUUUGUCAAUCACGAAGCACAAUCUUUCAUAACUAGCCUGGGGGGGAAAGUUAUCGCUCACGAGAACAUUUGGCGUAAACGCCAUCUCUCAAAUAAAGCCAUUAAAAUGUUAAACGAAAACAUACACAGAUUUUUGGAUGAGUGGGCGAUAGGGGUCAAUCCUAAAUCGGAGGUCACAAACACCACCUCAACAGCUAUAGCGCCCCCUACAGACAGUGCAGGGCCUACUUCAGGCAGUUCACAUGUCGGUCAGAACGCAUCUCAGCCGCACAGCCCUCCAGCCACCUCCUCUGCUCCUGCUGUAGCAUCAAGCUCAGCUCCUGCAGCCACCUCCUCUGCUCCUGCUACCACCUCCUCUGCUCCUGCUGUUGCAUCAAGCUCAGCUCCUGCAGCCACCUCCUCUGCUCCUGCUGUUGCAUCAAGCUCAGCUCCUGCAGCCGGUGAUCAUGAGGAAGUGACUCCAGAAGACUCGGAAAACUCCACCGCCUCUCACCAGUGCUCCCACAAGGUUGUCGCCGCUUCACUCUGAAUAUAGACACGGCGCACCCAAACCUUUAUCUGUCGAAGGGAUACCGGAAGGUGGAGUGGAGCGCAGAAAGACAGCCGUAUCCGUGUCCUCCACACAGAUUUGUUAAUAAAUGUUUCCAGGUGAUGUGUUUGCGGAGCAUUUCUGAUCGCCGCUACUUUGAACACGGGUGGAGUGGAAGUGUUUGUGUAUCGCUCUCGGUUGUGAACCCAUGCUGGAGAAAGUGCUGGGCUGAUGUGAAGUUUGGGUCAAAUAUUCUGACCUGGGCGCUGCAACUCUCCAGCACCUGCUGUUGUUUCUACCACAAUGAUGUGAAGAUCCAACUUCCUCAAGUCACAAGCUCCACCAUUGGAGUGUGUGUGGACUACUCUGUACAGCAUUGGUGACACAGUCACCCUCCUUCAUAGAGUCCAGACCACAUUCUCUAAUCCUCUCGUUCCUGGAUUUGGUUUAGGUAGUAAAUCAGCAGUGAGGCUCCUGUGAUUCCCAAAUGGAUAAAGGUUGUCACAAUAUGGACAUCGUAUUGCCCAUAAACACAUAACUAUUGUGUUCUAUUAUAUUGUAAGUUAUACACAUCGUAUUGCCCAUAAGCAAAUAACUAUAGACAUAUUGUGUUAUAUUAUAAGUUAUACAUAUUGUACUGCUGUUCACACCAUGUCCUCUUUUCCCCAUAAUCUGUGUCUGUAUUGUGGAAUAUCAGAAUUGUGAACAGUGUGCUCUGUGUUUUUGCAUCUGCUUAUGUACAGUGCGUAUUGGCCUUGGAUUUAUUUUUUAAUUUUACAGUGUUCUUGGGCAACUUGAAAUGUGCUUAUAAAUAAAUUGUGUUGUUGUUGUUA